UUAUCAAACACGGUAUGGGUCAGAAAAUAGCUAAACGUCACGCCGAUAAAGGCGUUUGCCUUUACCGUCAACGUCUGUUUAAGGAGGCUUUAACAGAGUUUGAAAUCGCCUGUCGCAAACUAGACAAAAACGACGAUCUUUUCGCGGUGCUGAAUUACAUGUGUUUGGUGUACAUGGACUUGGGACGUUACCACGACGUUCUGGUAUGCGCCAAACGUCAGGCAGUGGCCAGCGAACGUUUGGAACAAAAGUCGCUCCAACUGGAGGCGACGUUUAACAUGGCGCGAGCGUACGAACGCCUGGGGGAGUACCGAACGUCUAUAGCGCUCUGCAACCGCUGUUUGGUGACUGGGAAACCGCCGGAAAUGUCGCCAUUGUCCGGAUACACGCAUUUAUGCUUAGGCGACAACUUCUACGGCCUGAGUGACGUCAAGAAAUCUUUGAAACAUUACGAUCGUUCAUCGCACGUUGCUCGCGUUUUAUGCGACAGCGUCCUUGAGUGCCGCGUCUAUCUGGGGCUCGGUCAAGUGUUCGAGUCGCUGCAGGAUCACGUAACGGCACUACAGCACUUCUCUCGGGCGUCCGAGAUUGCGCGCCAGUUCACGGCGGAUCACCCUUGCGAGAAGCUCCAGCGGCGGGUCGACGUGGAGCUGGCGGUGGUUUACGGGAAGCUAGGGCGCGUGGCGGAGGCGCUGGAGAUCUGCGAGGAAGCGAUGAAAGUAGCGCUGUGUAACGCGGAUAGACCAGUCCAGGCAAGAUGUUUACUAAACUUCGCGGAGAUCCACAGGGAGCGACAUGACUAUCAGACGGCCUACCCUCGGUACCAGUCCGCCUUUUCCAUUGCCGUCGAAACUGGCGACCGAAAGUGUCAACUCGACGUCAUUUCCGGCAUGGCACUUAGUGCAUUUGAUGCCCAAGAUCUUGAACAGGCAAUAGAACUGAACGAAAAGGGAUUGUCACUUUCCAAGGAACUUGAAUCCAAGCUUGAAAUGCUUACGUGUCAUCGUCGCCUGUGCGACCUGUACAUGUGCCUGGACUUGCACGAGAUCUCGACCGUGCACGGGUUCCACGUGCGACAACUCCUGCGCGAGCUUCAACUGCAUUGCGGGGUGUGUGGGGACGUUAUCGGCGAGAAAGACGAGAAGUUGCGUCCCUUGCCGUGCUACCACAUAAUACAUGAAAGAUGCCUGGUUCACCUCUAUCGGCCGACAUCAUCCACAAGCUUGCCGCUGCAGCGACGUCGCCCGUGUCCAACGUGCCGUCAUAGGACGUCCUCCAACCCAGUGUCCGAGGGUGACGUGGAUGCGUGA